UGUGUGUGUGUGUGUGUGUGUGUGUGUGUGUGUGUGUGUGUGUGUGUGACAAAACUCAGCAGUCUGGACGAUUAAAUGGCCAUUAUUAAGAAAGCGUUAAUAAAGUGUUCCCUCCCGCCUGUCUGUCCUGUAGUGUUGUCUUUGUGAGAUUACAGCUGCAAUAUUGGAACAGUUUAAUUAAUCUGCUGUCGGACUAAAUUCGGUUCCCACAGAGCCUGAAGAGGAACAACACUUGGGGUAUGUGAAUGUGUUUGAUGCACAUGGAUACUCUUGUGUGGGCUGCUGUGUUAGCUGAGAAGUCCAUUAAGAAAGAAAACAGGUUUUAUUAUUGUGCUUUGUGUGUUUUUAGGCCUGAAACCACUKAUUAAAGCUGCACUAACUCACAGCAGCUCAUCAUACAGCUUGUUAAAAAGUAGUGAUGUCUCAGUCUGGAGAAAAAGGGAAGUUCCCAGAUGCAACAGGUUAUGUAGGGUUUGCAAACCUCCCAAACCAAGUGCAUCGAAAAUCAGUGAAGAAGGGUUUUGAGUUCACCCUCAUGGUUGUAGGGGAGUCCGGUUUGGGCAAAUCAACACUUAUAAACAGCCUGUUUCUCACCGAUCUCUACCCUGAGCGCUACAUCCCUGGUGCUGCAGAGAAAAUCGAGCGGACAGUUCAAAUCGAGGCGUCUACUGUUGAAAUUGAGGAGAGAGGGGUGAAGCUUCGGCUCACGGUGGUCGACACGCCUGGAUACGGCGACGCCAUCGACAGUCAGGACUGCUUUAAGACAAUCAUCCAGUACAUCGACAAUCAGUUUGAGCGAUACCUUCAUGAUGAAAGUGGGCUGAACAGAAGACACAUAGUGGACAACCGGGUGCACUGCUGCUUUUAYUUCAUUUCUCCUUUUGGACACGGUCUGAAGCCUCUGGAUGUAGAGUUUAUGAAAGCAAUCCACAGCAAAGUCAACAUAGUUCCGGUCAUCGCAAAGGCCGAUACGCUCACGCUGAGGGAGAGGGACCGCCUGAAAAGACGGAUCUUAGAUGAAAUCGCCGAGCAGGGGAUCAAAAUUUAUCAGCUACCCGACGCCGACUCUGAUGAAGACGAGGAGUUCAAGGAGCAGACCAGAAUCCUGAAGGCGAGCAUCCCCUUCGCUGUGAUUGGCUCCAACCAGCUGAUCGAGGUGAAAGGGAAGAAGAUCCGAGGUCGUCUUUACCCGUGGGGAGUGGUGGAGGUGGAGAAUCCGGAGCACAAUGACUUUCUCAAACUGCGCACCAUGCUUGUGACCCACAUGCAGGACCUCCAAGAAGUAACCCAGGAUCUGCAUUAUGAGAACUUCCGAUCUGAGAGACUGAAGAAGGCGGGCAGAGCCGUGGAUGAGGACGUGGUGGACAAAGACCAGAUUCUGCUACAAAAAGAGUUGGAGCUGAGGCGCAUGCAGGAGAUGAUCGCUCAGAUGCAGGCUCAGAUGAAGAUGAAGUCGGACGAGUGAAAGAUUUGAGUCAAUGGGAAACACACUGAUCUCACUUUAUAUGCACAACACACACACACACACAAACACACACCUGCUCUUCAAACCCCUCCUGCAGUCCCACCCAGGGCUCAAGAUUACAUCGUCUUUAUCAGCACAUCUCUUCUUUUUCUCCAUCCAUCAACUGUCUGAAGCUCUACUCUGUCUUCGUAAUAAAUAUCAGAUAUCAGUGUUCACGUUUCUCUGUUUAUCAGCCUUAACGUCUUGUGUUCUGGUCCACAAAACUACAUUAGACAACGGUACUAAGAGUCCUUCUCAUCGCAAUCAUGCUAACUAAAAGAAAAUCAGGAAGCAUCAUUUUUUACUCGUAUACUGUGAGGUUCUUAUUGUUUUAACUUUGUUUUAACUUAAAGAUUAAAUGACGUUUUACUGGUCGUGUUUUCUAUCGACUCGCAAUCAAUCCUGUCUUUAAACCUUAAACCUGAAAAACUUCAGCUCUUCAGUAAAGAGUCUGGUGAACUUAGUGGAAAGAAUUUAGCUGACUUAAUUUUAUCUCAACUGUUAAAUCUAUUACCACUGUUAAAGUAGAAACAAUGUGUCCUGUACAAUCACUGUGUCAUUUAAACCUGUUUGUACACUACAUAUGCAGGUUUAUAACAUACUGUUUCCCAUUUAAAUGUCACAAUUUAUAUUUAACUGUACUACAUGAAAACUCCUUCCAGCUUUCUGUGAGUAGCAAAUGAAAAGCACAUUUCUCUCUGUGUCACUAAUGUGCCUUUGGCAUUGUUUUGUUUAUUUUUCUUUUUUUGUUCCACAGGUUAAACAUUUCUUUACCAUGUGUCAUUAAAAACUCCUAAUCGUAGGCGUCAACAUUUUUUUUUUAAUUUUUCUGAAAUAAAAUGUAUCAAAGAAAA